GUUGUAGCGGCUGAGCUCUCCACUGUGGGCGGGUGUUUGCAUUUUUUUGUGUUGCCUAAACGGGCAUCUAUACACGAGGUUGAAUUGGGAUUUGCGAAGCACUCAGCUGUCAGUAUUUCAUUUCUCAAUAGAAAUGACGAUACCAAUGCUCGAAAUAAUGAAAAAUGA